AUGAACUCAACAGAAGUAUCGGAAGAAAGAAAGCCUUUGCAACCUUAUGGGAGUGGUUCGUAUGUUGCCAUUUGCAUUGAGCGUGGUUCUAAAAUGUGUUAUGCAGCUAAAGUGAUGCAGAAAAAGGUUAUUUCCAUAGAACGCAAGAGAAAUAUAGGUCAGCUGCUGAAAUUAGACCACAAAAACUUGGUGAGACUGAAAGAGGUUUUUGAAACUCCGAAUUCAUUGUACUUGGUCAUUGAACUCGCUGAUGGAGGGGAACUUUUCCAAAGACUAACUAAAUUCCCCGUAUACAAUGAAAAAACAAUACUAGUUUACUUCAGGCAAAUGAUAAACGGCAUCAAAUACUUACAUGAAUAUGGAAUUAUUCACAGAAAUUUAAAACCCGAAAAUAUACUGCUGAGUUCAAGAGAAAACGAUGCCAUCGUAAAAAUUACUGACUAUUCACCUCAGCUGUUUACCACUGAAGAUUUGGAUAUGGAAUUGGUAUGCUUUAUGACAACAUUCUGUCCACCUGAAUUAUUACUAAGUAGACGUUAUGAUAAGGCAGUUGAUCUAUGGGCUUUGGGUAUACUACUUUAUAUCAUGUUGACAGGAAAUGAUCCUUACCAAUCAAAAACUGGCAGUGAUUUAUACCAUGCCAUACUGCAUUGUGAUAUUGACUACAAAUCUGAUCCAUGGAAGUUAAUCAGUUUAAAUGCUCAAGAUGCUGUAAAACGUCUUCUAGUGACUGACCCACAAUUCAGAAUAAUAACACCAAAUUUAUUGAAACAUUCAUGGCUUAAUGGAAUCGAUGAACAUGAACAACACUUACACUCAGUACAGAAAAAUUUAGAGCAGUUCAACAAACAACGUACAGAAAGGCUGAAUGGCUUGAGCAUUGAAAGUGGAAUAGAAGAAGAUUGGCUAACGGAUGAAUACGUGAAACUACCAAGAAGAAGUAGUGUGCCAGCUGAAGACAAAGAGAACCUACCUGGAGUAGAAAUAGAUAAGGACAAUGAAGACAGUCAACUAAUGGAAGAUGGUGUGGCAAAUGGCAGACAAACAGACAGAGACGAUGUUGAUAUUGAUGAAAAUGAACAGGAUACACUGAAUGAUCUUACUCAUGGUCAGUUAGUGGGAAAUUCGUUUAAAAAUUUAUUAGAGGAAUACACUUCGCUUGUCCAUGAGCAAAAUGAACAAGAAGAAGAAGAAGAUACCAAUCAGGAAGAAGUAAACAACGACAAAACAGAUGAUGCAGGCGAUGUCAGUAUUGAAGAGAAUGAACCAGUAAGUCUUCAAGAAGAUGCUGCGUCUGAUAACAAUGACGAUAGCGAAUUGGUUGAAGCAGACGUGGCAGAAGAUUUUUUGGAACUGGAAAAUGCUGAGAAUUGAGUCCAAGAUGACAGGACUGGAUGACGUCAAUGCCUCUCAACUUGAACUUCUUAAAUGGCCCUGAAACUUUUAAUGGUUAAUUUCAAACUUUCGUCACCUAAAA